AUGAGACUGACAGUAUUCUCCGCCGUCGUGGCGAGAGUUUCUUCCGGGAGGUCUUCUCCCGGUGCAUUCGUCUGUCGCGCAUGCCGCGGUCUUUCCUCGAAAACGGAGACCAGGCCAGCAGCACGCUGGCAACGCGGCCCUUCUGGAGUACGAAGUGUCCGACGUUACACGCGGUCUUUCAGCACGACUCGUGCUCGAAAUGGCAAAACCUACGACCUCAGUGCUGAGCGCCGAGUCAUUCGUUUAUACGGCCCUGACGCAGGGCGAUUCCUCGAUGGCCUACUUCCGAUCAAGACAACAAGAACACAGUCGAAGGCAGUGGGCAUUCUCAGCGCGUCGGGUUGGCCUCCUCCAAUCUACACUGCAUUCCUCACGGCGCAAGGCCGGAUUCUCGUUGAUGUCUUCCUCUACCGCUGGCCAGCCGCCCUCACCCCGGACGCGCCGUUAGAACACGACACGUGGUACCUCGAAUGCGACGCCUCGAGCGUCGACUUAUUGAUGCAACACCUGAAGAAGCACAAAUUACGAUCCAAAUUCAGGCUCGAAGUCAUGCCCGAGGACAAGGUUUCCGUGAUCUACUCCACAGACGACAUGACCGACGUCUUUGCCGCAUACACCUCUAAAAAUCUUCUCUUCGCCGGCGGCAAUGAGAUAAGACCCAGUCUUCUGCGAGCCGCCAAUGACGACGGACAAUCGAGCACAAUUGACCCGCCGCAGGCAAGCUACCGUCUCUUAGUGAACCGGAACAGCGAGGCCCGCUCGACAGUCGGCGGGGCGCUGCAAGACGUCGCCACGCCAGACGCCUACCGUGCAGACCGAUACGCAAUGGGCCUCGCUGAAGGACCUGUGGAGCUCACCACUUUACAUGCGCUUCCCCAAGAAAGCAACCUUGACCUGCUCAAUGGCAUCGACUUCCACAAGGGCUGCUAUCUGGGCCAAGAGCUCACGAUUCGUACACACCACACAGGCGUCGUCAGGAAGCGAAUCCUGCCGGUGAAGCUGUACCAGAGACCUCGGAAAGUGGCGACCGAGGACGAUGCGAGGCCGCCAACACCUGAGAGCUCUGAAACGACGACCUCUGACGCCGAGGACGGCAGUCUUUGGCCUUCGGAACUUACUCCGCCGCCGGGCGCCAAUAUAACGAAAGUCUCCACGGGCGCGAGCAGAAGACAGCGCAGUACAGGCAAGUUCUUAGGCUCUGUCGGCAACCUGGGUCUAGCGCUGUGCAGGCUGGAGUCGAUGACGGAUAUACAGCUGACUGGGGGCGAGACGACGGGUGCCUAUUCGCCGGAGGACGAGUUUCAAAUUACUUGGCGGGACGGUGAUGAUGGCGAAGGUUCCGGUGAGGGUCAGGAAGCGAAGACGGUAUAUGUGAGGGCGGUUGUGCCGGAAUGGUUGAGAAGGGGCAUCGAGGCGAGUUUGAAGAGAAAGGAGCGGCAUCAACCCAGGAGGGAGGCUAUCGGUAGUAGUAAUGCUGCUGAAGAGGAGGACGGUGAGCUUGAAGAGGAGGUUGAACCUGAGGAGGAGGCUGUUGCUCCUGUGACUCCAGGCAGUGGAUUGGGAGCGAGCUGA